UUGGCGACACUGAAACCACAUGCAGCAUUUGUGCCAAAUAACGUUCAGGAACCGCACUACGGCGCGGAAGCUGGUGAAGGAGCGGAGCAGCCAGCAGAGGAAGUGGGAAUGAGUAACGAAGUCAUUAAGAAGUUGCAAGACAAGGCUGCCGUUUUAACCGCCAGUCGCAAGCAGCGCGGAAGAAGCAUGCCUGAAGGACUAACGAAGCCGGACGAACUGAAGUCAUUUAAGCAAGCUUCUCAAUUCAUGGGGCUUCACAGUGCUAGCAUUCCGGGCAUAACGUGUUUAGACGUUCACAUGGCAGACACAAACUUGAUUUUGACCGGGGGAAAUGACAAAAACGCCGUGGUGUUCAACAAACAGUCAGAGCAGGUUGUCGCCGUUUUUAAGGGACACCAGAAGAAGAUUAUGGGACUCAUUUAUCAUCCGACGGAGGCUGACAUUUGCAUAACCGGAAGUGCUGAUAAAACUAUUCGCAUUUGGUCUGUUAGUUCACAGAGCUGUCGCCACAUUUUGCGCGUGCACGACGGCCCAGUGACUGGCGUUAGUCUACAUGCGACUGGCGACUACGUAUUAAGUGUCUCCUCUGACGAGAAGUGGGCGUUUUCUGACGUACACUUGGGAAGAGUUCUAUGCAGAGUCACUAGCCCUUCUUCAGGAGGCAUGACAUCGGCGCAGUUUCAUCCUGACGGCUUGAUCUUCGGCGUAGGAACGGCAGACGCGAACGUAAAAAUAUGGGAUUUAAAGGAGAAGACGAACGUAGCAAAUUUUCCCGGGCACAUGGGUGCAAUAAGAUCAAUUGCGUUUUCCGAAAAUGGCUACUACCUGGCUACCGCUGCUGCAGACUCGAUGGUGAAGCUAUGGGAUCUUCGGAAAUUGAAAAAUUUCCGAACUAUAACUCUUGAUGAUAAGUUCGAGGUUAACGACCUGUACUUCGACCAGAGCGGUUCAUAUCUGGCAGUUGCCGGCUCAGAUGUCAGGGUGUACCAGUGCAAAUCAUGGCAGGAAUUAUGCGUUCUGACGGAUCACACGGAUCUGGCUACUGGAGUAAGGUUUGGACACAACGCUCAAUUCCUCGUAUCUACAAGCAUGGAUCGUUCCAUCCGAUUUUACAAUCCGCCCGCUAAUGCUGAUUCUUAA